AUGACCGGCAUUUUCACGUAUCGCAAUUUCUCACUGCAGGACACACCGUCGCUGGACGGGCAAGUCGCGGUGAUCACGGUAAUUGUCGUCGCCAGAAGCGAAGAUAAAUUCACAACUGCCCGCGAAGAAUGGAGAUGUCGGCAAGGGAUCUCUCUCGGCGAGGGUGAUACUCGAGUUGACUUUGUGAAGUGCGAUCUGGGUGAUAUCAAGGCGGUUUGGGCUGCGGCGCAGCAGAUCAAGCAGAAGACAGAGUACAUCCAUAUUCUGAUCUGCAAUGCCGGCCUCGGCAUUCCCACCACCGCGUCGCAACCCCAUACCAUCGACCCCGUCUUCGCCACCAACUGCAUAUCCCACCAAGCCCUAACCACCCUCCUCCUCCCUCACCUCAAAAAAGCCGCCACAACAACCCCCCGGGGCGCCCGCGUCGUCGUCACCAGCUCCAGCCUACACCUUCUCUGUCGCACGCUCGAUCCAGAGCGGUUGUCCUCCCCACCCCAUAAAUGGCCCGCGCUGCACGACGGCGUCUGGCGCUACGCCCGCUCCAAGCUGGGCAACAUUUUGUUCGCGAAGGAGCUGAGUCGGCGCCUUCUUGAGGAUGAGGAUGGCAACCCGGCCAACCGGGUCUUUGUAAAUUCCUAUUUCCCUGGGAACAUUGUGACGGCGCAGUGGGAGGUAUGGGGGAUGUAUUUGGGGCCCUGGAUUGGCGGGUUGGUUCGUUGGCUGGCUCGAGUCUUUGGGCAGAGUGUGGAAGAGGGCGCGGCGACGGCGGUGUAUCUCGCUACGAGUGGCGAGGUUAGCGAGGGAGGUAUGAGGGGGCGGUACUUCGUGCCCGUUGCGAAGGACUGGAUUGAUGCGCAGGUUGCGGAGACGCUGGGGGCCGAUUGGCAGAGUGAGAAGUGA